AUGACCGAUUCAUCAAACUGGAGAGUUCGCGCCUCAGCAAAUACAAGCUCUGAAUCCAGACCAAUGAACUGGUCCAACCAAGCACCUAGAGAUGAUCACCGUCAAAGGCAACCUAUCGUGCCUCUCGCAGAACGAAGUCGGGCCGAGGACGUGAAAGUCCACAGACCGGAACGACAAAAUGAAGAGUUGCCUGAAACUCUCCAGGCUAUUGCAGAAGGCCGACGUGUUUAUUUGGGGAACUUGCUUUAUACCAUUACACCAGAUGUUAUUAAUGCAUUUCUUACCAGGUACGGCAUAGCUUCUGUUGCGAACGUUCAUAUAUCUAUUGACCCUUUCACGGGCCGUUGUCCAGGAUAUUGCUUUAUUGAGUUUUCAGAAAAGGAGAUGGCAGAUAAGGCUAUGCAAAUUUUGGAGGGCCUUACAAUAUCUGGUCGACCGGUUAAAUGUCGUCCUUGUCAACCCAAGGGGAACGUUAGACGCGGCGGUCCAGAUCAAGUGGUAGCCAGUGAGAAUGCCAAUCCUGGCUAUAAUCGCUGGGGCAAUUGGGAUUCGAGGGCUAGAGACUCGCAACACGAUAGACUUGCGGCACAAAACGGACCAAAUGAUGCGUUGAGAUAUUUCCAGAUUUCAAAGGCUACAGAAGAAGGUAGACAGCUAUAUGUUGGUGGGUUGCCUAGAAUGCUGGAUCAGACGGAGAAUGAAUCGGAGAUUCGAUCUAUCUUCGAGGGCUUCAAAGUUGAUGAAGUAAGUAAGAGGGUAAGCCCUCGUAAAAACAAUCUGGAUAAUAGACGAAACUUUUGUUUCGUUGACUUCGUCAGCCGCGAGGAGGCUGAAGAGGCUAUGCGAGCUAUCGAUGGUACAUCCUAUAGAGAAUCUCCGUUGAAGGUCUCGAUGUCAAUUACGAAGUCCCAAAGAGAUAGAACCAGUGAUAGGGAAAUGGAAAUGGGAAUGGAGAGGAAUUCGCGCUGGGAGUAG